AGAUUCUUCCGUACCAUCGUCACAAGUUCGCGUCCCGCCACACGUCCAGCAAGAAAAUGGCCGCGCCACAGUAUCCCGGGUCCCUCAUCGAUCGCGGCCACCAAAAAUGGCCGUGUCCCAACUCUACUCCCGCGCUCUCGGCCCGCUCCUUUCGCCGCUCGUCGCUCUCCGGCGGCCGGGUGCCACCGCUAGGCCCGCCGCGGUCUCUUUCCCGAAGAAAGAUUCGAACUUGAAUCAAUCGGACGCAAUUCAUGGCCAAAGGUCGAAGUGGGCUCUCAGGCUCAGCUUAGCGGAGCAGAGCCCGCCGAAAGCGGCUGUGGACGUGGAGCGGCUGGUGGGUUUCCUGUACGACGAUCUCCCCCACCUGUUCGACGACCAGGGGAUCGAUCGGACGGCGUACGAUGAGCGCGUGAAGUUCAGGGACCCCAUAACAAAGCACGACGCCAUCAGUGGUUAUCUGUUCAACAUCGCCUUCUUGAAGGCUGUGUUCAGGCUUGACUUCCAGUUGCAUUGGGUCAAACAGACAGGACCUUAUGAGAUAACGACGAGAUGGACUAUGGUAAUGAAGGUCAUGCCACUCCCGUGGAAGCCGGAAUUGGUCUUCACGGGAACCUCUAUCAUGGGAAUCAACCCGGAGACGGGCAAGUUUUGCAGUCACGUGGACUACUGGGACUCGAUCAAAAAGAAUGAAUACUUCUCUUUGGAAGGUCUAUGGGAUGUGUUCAGACAGCUCCGGUACUACAAGACUCCUGAGUUGCAAUCUCCCAAGUAUCAGAUACUCAAAAGGAUGGCAGAUUACGAGGUAAGAAAGUAUCUACCAUUUUUAGUAGCAGAAACAAGUGGAGACAAGCUGUCUGGAUCGAAAGGUUUUAACGACAUAGCAGGGUAUAUCUUUGGGAAGAAUUCGAAGAUGGAGAAAAUGAAAAUGACUACUCCUGUCUUCACUCAAGCAUUUGAUAAUGAGUUGUCUAAAAUAUCGAUUCAGUUUGUUCUUCCGCUGGAGAAAGAAAUAAGCAGUUUACCUGAUCCCAGUCAAGAAACCAUAAGCUUGAGACAAGUUGAGGGUGGCAUUGCUGCUGUUCUGAAGUUCAGGGGAAAGCCUACUGAAGAUAUUGUUCUCGAGAAAGAGAGAGAACUUCGCUCUAGUCUUAUAAGAGAUGGGCUUAAACCGAAGACGGGCUGUCUGCUUGCGAGAUAUAAUGAUCCAGGACGAACGUGGAGCUUUGCAUUGAGAAAUGAAGUGCUGAUAUGGCUUGAGGAAUUCGAGCUGGACUAGUAUACGACACGAGCGGUGAGUUUGGCAAUUCUUUGAUGCACCGUCUUUGCAGAUAUAAUUUAUUAGCUCUCUUGAAACUUAUAACACCCCGGCCGGUGAAAUUGGCGCAGUAGCAUAUCCAACAAGUCUAGUGUUUGUAUAUUGCCUCCGAUAAAGAACAGGGAUCCUGCUGCUGCAGCAGAGUUUACACUUUGAAUCCUUUUGCGAGAAAGAGAGAUGGAGAGGUAGAUCAUUCCAUGAGUGCAUGCACGAUUGUUACCUCUGUAAUCAGUGUGCUAUUUCUCCUUGUGUUUAUUGAGUUUCAACGAUGAGUUAGUCCAUGCAGUAGAUUUAUC